AUUCAAUUACAAGCUUAGAAUCAUCAUUAUAAGCCCAAAGGGUGAUUUAGGGUGUUGUGAGCCACCAAACAAGAGAAUGGUUGACAGCCAAGAGGACAGUAUCCAGCUCCGUCCAUUCAAUCACCAAGUUGGUGGCCAUUUCUUGGUACUCGAGAUGAGCAAGGACCGGCUUUGCAAGCCACUAGUGAGUAGAGAGAAGCUCUUUUACGACACCAUACCUAGCGACCUUAAGGAAUUUGCACCAGGGUUUUAUGGUGUCAUUUUAGUAAGAAUAGAUAAAGAUGUAAAAGGAAAUGUCAGCUAUAGUGGAAGUUUCAAGGAAAUUGAGGCAGAAGAUCCCUCGCAUGUAACUUGUACUGUCUCUGAGACUAGCAUUGGUGGUCAAGAUGAGACUGAUUCGAGGAGUCAGGAGGAAGAAGAGCUUCAGAGACUAAGUCAUCUCAAAUGCUCACUGAGAGAUGAUGACCUGAAGGCUAAGAGAAUUGAGUUUCCAUUUUCAAAUGGUGAUAGCUUUCAUAAUCCUUGGACUCAGAGACGACUUAACGUCUUCUCAAAAUCAGUGGCAGACAAGGAGCUGCAUGAAUACAUUGUUUUGGAGAAUCUCGUUGGCAAGUUUGACUGUCCGUGCAUUCUUGAUCUAAAAAUAGGCACUCGGUCGUACACGGACGUCAUGAGCCCAAGGAAGCAGCAGGAGCACCUGGAGAGGGCAGCGUCAACGACAACUGGCACGCUGGGUAUUCGUUUCUGUGGUAUGCAGCUUUACAACCCACUGGAAAAGAAUUACCAGCUAUACGACAAGUAUUACGGUCACUCACUGGAUGUGGAGUCUCUUAACGACGUCAUAAAGAGAUUUGUGUUCGACGGGAAAGAGUAUCAGUUUGAUGUAGUCCAAGUCCUUGUAACGAGACUUAAAAAACUACUCGGAAUCAUCAGUCGACUCAAUUCAUAUCGAUUCUUUUCAAGUUCCCUGCUUCUUGUUUAUGAGGGGAACAAGGAAGCCAGGAAAGCAAUGAGAGAGGAAGGAGACUGUCAUGAAAUUAAAAGUUUUGUUGACAUACGAAUGAUUGAUUUUGCUAACUUGACUCACAGCGGUUUUUCCUCUGAUCCUGUUCAAUAUGACGGUCCUGAUGAAGGUUAUAUGUAUGGCCUAACUAGCUUAGUCAGCAUGUUCGAAUCAUUAAAUAAUAACUAAAAAAAAUUUCUAUCCCCAUAAUGAUUUAUUAUUUUUUGAUAGUCAAUGUUAUUAAUA